AUGGCCGACACUACUGCUGCUGUCAACGGUCUCUAUGCUACCCAGUAUGGCCAGCCCGCUGAGCUUGCUGCCUCCACUCCCUCUGGCCCCGUCCAUGCCUCAACGGCUUCUCAGAGCAGUACUGCAGCCUCUGCCGCUCCCCAAAAGGCCGACCCGCAAGAGAUUGGCUGGUACUUUGUCGAGCAAUACUACACUACCCUGUCUAAGAGCCCCGAGCGGAUACAUCUCUUCUACAAGAAGAAGUCCCAGCUUGUGACCGGCGUUGAGGCUGAAAAGGUUAUUCCCGCUGUCGGCGAGAAGGCCAUCAGCGAGAAAAUCAAGUCCCUCGACAUCCGUGACUGCAAGGUCCGCGUUCUCAAUGUCGACUCUCAGGCCUCGUUCUCCAACAUUGUCGUCCAAGUCAUCGGUGAAAUGUCAAACAAGAAUCAGCCGCACCACAAAUUCGUUCAGACUUUCGUUCUGGCGGAGCAGCCCAACGGUUACUUCGUGCUGAAUGAUAUCUUCCGCUACCUUAACGAGGAAGAAGAUGAAAUCAUUGAGGACGAACCUCAGCCUGAGGUUCCCGCCGAGCAGCCUGCCACACCAGCUGACGAACACGUUGUCGUUCCUACCGAGAACCUUGUAACCUCCGAGUCUGCUACAGAGGAGGUGGACGAGAAGCUCGAGGAGGAGCAGGAGGCUGCAGCCGAGGCUGAGCCCAGUGCCGAAGUUCCAGUCAAUGGUGUUGGUGCUGAGAAGACUGCUGAGACGGCCGAGCCAGAAGCUGAGCCCGAGACUACCGAGCCCAUUCCCGAAGAGGUUGAAAAUGUUGCUCCUGACACCGCUACCGAACCUACCGAGCCCGAGCCCACCACUGCCGCUCCUCCCAUGUCCUCUGAGCCUGUGGCCGAGGCGCAGCCUGUGAAGAAGACUUGGGCCAGUAUGGUUGGCGGCAAGGCUCCGGCUGUUCCUGCUCUGCCCGCUCAGCCUGUUGCUCCAGCCCAAUCUAAGGCCCAGAAGCCUGCUGCUCAGCCCGUUGCGCCCAAAUCUGCUACCACCACGGAGCCUGCUGCCGCCAGUCCUUCGCCGACCCCUAGCAACGGUUGGCAGAAUGUUGAUGGUGGCAAGAAGAGCCGCGGUGCCGCUCCAGCGAAAUCCGAUGGAAAUGUGCUUGCCUACAUCAAGAAUGUCAACGAAAAAGUCGAUGCUCGGCUCCUGCGCGAGGCUCUUGAGCAAUAUGGCGAGCUGAAGUAUUACGAUGUUUCGCGCCCAAGAAACUGUGCUUUCGUCGAAUUCGCUCACCCGGAUGGCUACGCUGCGGCUGUGGCUGCCAACCCUCAUACCGUGGGAUCCGAAACCAUCUCUGUUGAGGAGCGGCGUCCCCGUCCUGGCGCUUAUGGCGGCACCAAUGCUUCUUUCGGACGCGGUACCAAUCAGAACACCAGAGGCCGUGGCAACAUGCAGCAGCGCUCUGGUAGCCAUGGUGGUGGAUCAUUCCCCAAAGAUGCUCCCCGUGGUGGCGGUUCUCAGCAACGUGGUGGCAAGUCUGGCAACGUUACUCCACGUGGCCGGGGUCAGGCUCAGGCUGCGUAA